AUAAAACCACUCGUUUUGCCGCUUGAUAUUUCACAUUGGUGUGUCUUACCAUAUUAUUUUAAUGUAUUAUCUUAAUUAUGAACACACUGGUUUGUAGCGCAAACAGUUUUACCGUUUACUGCACGUUGUAAUUCAAGUGUCGCCCAUUGGCUUACUUCCGCGUUGAAGAAUAAGGUGGAUACAGGUCGUUUUUAUUAUUAUUUUUUUAUUAUGCUUUAAACAACAGAUACAAAACGAUACAACAGACAAUAUAAAACCAUGGAAACACAGGACAAAAGAAAAGGAAAAAAAAAAAAGAUUACAAUCAAAAACAAACUUGACCUUUACAUUACUCAAAUAUUUUGAAGACAGAACACAAACGGACAGUUUUGAUUGCCUUUCUAUUGGUGGAUACAGAUAGUGACUUUGAAACCUGACCAGAGAUAUGUUUAAAAAAAAAAAAAAAUCGCUGUUCCUUUAAGAUGACGCCGACGGCCGGUGACGUCACUUAACUCCCCCUAGUAACCCUCGUCGGCGUCUCGGAAGAUACCCGGAGAAAGAUGGGUUUGUUGUCAAUUCUUAGAAAACUAAAGAGUGCCCCAGACCAGGAGGUACGCAUUCUGCUCCUCGGAUUAGACAAUGGUGGAAAGACGACACUUCUCAAACAGCUCGCCUCUGAGGAUAUUAGUCACAUCACCCCAACACAGGGCUUUAACAUUAAGAGCGUGCAGUCUCAGGGCUUCAAACUGAAUGUCUGGGACAUUGGAGGCCAGAGGAAGAUAAGGCCGUACUGGAGAAACUACUUUGAAAAUACUGACGUGCUUAUUUAUGUCAUAGACAGUGCAGACAGGAAGCGAUUUGAGGAAACGGGGCAGGAGUUGGCCGAGCUGCUGGAUGAGGAGAAACUUAGUGGAGUACCUGUUUUGAUCUUUGCCAAUAAGCAAGACCUGUUGACUGCUGCUCCAGCCUCUGAGAUUGCAGAGGGACUGAAGCUGCACACUAUUCGGGACCGCAUGUGGCAAAUUCAGUCCUGCUCUGCACUUACAGGAGAGGGAGUUCAGGAUGGCAUGAACUGGGUCUGCAAAAACGUUACUGCAAAGAAGAAGCAGUGAACCUAGUGUAUGUUCUACAGCCGUUCAGGGAAUGUAAAAAGCAAACUUUGCGGACUGUGUGGAUUCCCUACCAGCUCGUGCAGGUUAAAGGGAUAUGAGGAGGUUCAGAAAGGCUUUUCUUUUUUUUUCUCCUCUGAACCACCUCAGCCACUGCCUCAAUUCCUCAGUCAUCGGUCUGACUCACAAUCACUCCAUAAACACUGUGCAAUAGCAUGAUACUCAGUAUGAAUUUGAUUUAUAAUGUACAAUUAACCACUGAAGUGAGUGAAAUAAGUGUUUUUGCAUUAUUAUUAUUUAGUCUGUUUGAUCUUGGAAUCUAUUUCACUAUCUUGGAUUUCUAUGAUUUAUUUCUUUUAGAUGUUUUAUACUAUGCUAGAUUUUUUUAACAAUGUUUCUUGCACAGCCUGUUAUUUGUCUGGCUUGAACCAAAGUGUUAUGAAAGCCAAGCUCUUAAAUAGACACUUUACUGAGGGAUGAGUGCUUCUAACAUGUUUAGCAAAUUUAAGCAUCUGGCUUUCUUUGAGGACAUGAGAUUGAGAGCAUUAUAUUUACAUGAUGCCUCCUAUAAAAGUCAGAAGAAUGAAGCACCAGAUCAGUGGCACAGAUGCUCUAGUCACAAACAGGAAAUCAGAAGUAGUUGGCAUUUAUGACCUCUUAAUGUUUUGGAUUUUUCUUCUGUGAUUUUGUGUCACAAGAUUAAAACAGGCCAUUUUAAGAGGUGUGUUUCCUGCAUUUUUUACUCAAUAGUUUUUAGGAAUGAGGGAGGGUGUUUGCUGGAUGUUAAGAUGAAUUGAUCUGAUGAAUAAUGACUCCUGCUUUCAGAAAAUUAUUUCAGUUAACCACACAUACUUAUUAUCAUUCUGUCUUUUUUCUCCCUUACAAAACAAUACAUUAGAAUUUAUGAGUAGAAAUAUUUAAGAAAUGUCUACAACAUGAAAAUGAAAUAUUUCUCAUUUGCAUUUACUUGUUUUCAACACUUUAAUUUUAUCCAUAAAUCUUUUUGUAUGUCUGUAUGA